AUGUUUCAAUUCAUCAGUCAUAUAAUUGAAGAAGUCAUCGAUGAUUCUUUGGGCUUCAAUGGAUUCUUGACAGCAUCUCAUACAUCCGAUGUGUCUUGCUUGGAUGUGCACAAUGGUCAACAGCUUAUGACCCGUGCAUCAGUUACACCGGGCCGUUUGGAUCUUGAAAUUGAUGAUCACCGAAACCUCCGCCUCAUCUACGACCCUUCUUCAAUCAAACAAUUGACGCGUGGCAUGGUUUACUGGCUACAAGGCGCUGUGGUCGGAUGUAGCCGUCAUGAGAUGCCUUUCCUGCAAUGCCAUCAAAUGGCAUCUCCUCCAGCCAUUGCCCCAUUAAUCACCAAGGAUAUUUUAGAGAUCACCGGGGUAGGCACCCUUGUGACCAAGAUCGAUGAGCAAGGUGGUCAUUUGCACUUAUUUGUUCAACACCAUGUGGGAAUCCAUACAGUAUUUGGCGAUGAAAUUAUUACUGUUAAAUAUGUCGUCAACAAAAGCCAAUGUGGUGAAGAUUUUGCCUUGUCACUCAAGUCCGGUGACUGGGGCAAAUUCAUUGGGACUUUAGCUGGAUGGGAUCGAAAGAAUAGCACAAUGGUUGUUGAUUUGAGUGCAGCCACCAUUAGCCGAAACAAGAAUUAA